AUGCACCGAUCAUGGAACAGCUGGUGUUCCCUUCGGCGGAUGCUAUUUGCAGGUGCCAUGGGUGCUUGCGGUGUUCUCACCUACUUGAUGUGGUUUGGAAUGAACUCAGACCGUGAUAAUGUCCCCCCGCUACUCACACAACUCAUCCCAGCAGGCCACUGCACCUGCCAAUCAUCCACUUCAUUUCAAUGCUCGGACUGCCUCACCUGUCUUGCCUCACCGCCGUCAACCGAACCGGAACGCCUUUCAACUUGGAGUUUCCAGUACGGGCGAGACGACCAGGACCUGGGUUUGAGCAAGAGUCAGUGCCAGGCAUCAUUCCCCGGUCUCUUCCAGGACAUCCACCGAGGAGUCGAGUAUUGGAGGUCGCGAGGGGGCAUAUCAAUAGACGAUCUGAGCGCGACACCAUUCGAAGAUGGCAUGGCCCGCGCUAUCAUCUCUAAUGGAGAAUUGUAUGUGGUGGCGACGAAAGCAAAGGGGGAUGACCACCGGCGCAAGAUCCUUGCUACUCUAGGAUCUAUCUAUCGGGCGCUAUCUGCGUCCUCUGAUCGUACCUCUCACCCCACAAUCGAGUUUAUCUUCUCAAUCGAAGAUCGCGUGGAUGACGUUCACGCUGUUGGCCACCCGGUCUGGGUAUUAUCAAGGAGAGUAUCCGAGGAGUCUGUCUUUUUAAUGCCAGAUUUCGGGUAUUGGUCCUGGGCCAAGAGUAACAUCGGCCCAUAUGGGCAGGUCGUAGAGCGCGUCAUGGCUGCUGAAUCCGAGCUGAGAUUCGCGGAUAAACAACAGAAGAUAGUUUGGCGGGGGAAGUUGAGCUUUGCACCAAAGCUGCGUCGGGCACUCUUGGACAUUGCACGAGGUGAGCCUUGGAGUGAUGUGAAGGAGUUAGAUUGGAGCCAGAAGGCCAACUUCUUAACAAUGGAGGAUCAUUGCCGAUACAUGUUUAUUGGGCAUGUUGAAGGUCGCGCUUACUCGGCCUCCCUCAAGUACCGUCAAGCCUGCCGGUCCGUUGUCGUUGCACAUAAGCUGCAGUAUAUCCAACAUCACCACUAUCUCCUUGUAUCCUCCGGUCCGGAGCAGAACUACGUUGAAGUUGAGAGAGACUUCUCCGAUCUCCCGAAACGAAUGGACGAACUCUUAAAGAAUCUGGAGAAAGCAGAGCGCAUAGCCGAUAACAACGUCAAAACCUUCCGAGAACGAUACCUAACCCAAGCUGCUGAGGCAUGUUAUUGGAGAGCUCUGUGGGAGGGAUGGGCCGAAGUCUCGUCGAAUGUUACACGCGAGGUUGAACGGCCGGCGGUUGAAAGAGGACUACGUGCGGUCCUGUCGUGCACCUUCAAAGGCAAGAUCUUUCCUGGAAAUACACUGAGCAUUGAGAUUGACCAUUUAGGAUUUUCCAUUACCCAUAUCGUCCGGGACAAUCCAAAGACCCUGACGGUAUACUUUGGAGGAGUCAAGGGCCGUGCAGUUGGCGAGAACUAUAUCUCUCUCAAGCUCGACGCAACGCAGUUCCCGCAGCCUGCUUUGGCCCUUAUGGUGAUUUUACGAUUCGAAGACAUGCGUGACAAGUAUGUGGCGCUGGCCGCAAUGGGCAACAUCUUUACCGUCGAGGAAGUCUCUGUGCUGGUUUUCUACCAUGGACUGAAGAUGCAGAAUGCCGUCAAGAGUGACGCCAAUGGGGCCACGGACUACUCGAUACUCCUCGAGCUUGUCGAUUACAACGUUGCUAACAUGCAAUACAUCUGUGCUGGAGAUCUUCGUGGGUUGGCCACCCUUUCGGCGCUCAUGAAUGCAAUCGCAGCUGGCUCACUGAGUACUUCCUGUGUCGAGGAGAUGCAGAACUUCAUUCAGAAGACUCUGACCCAUCUUGAAUCAGCAAAGCAGCCUCUGGUUCUGCAACGAAGCCGAGCCACGAUGCCCUUGAAUGUCAAUGUGCCUUUCCAUAGUAGCCUUCUACGUCCGGGGGUGGAUUCCUUCCGCUAUCUCCUUCAAAGACAUAUCUCCGAGGCGAUGCUCGACCCGCGUGGACUAAUCGGGAAAUAUACCCCAACCUUAUCGCCAAUCCUUUUGAGCUCUCCAAGAAGUAUAUCCAAGGCAUUCUGGAUCUAA